AUGAGCUACCAAGUCCCAGAUCCCAACUCGUUAACGAUCCCGAAGCUCAAAUCGGUCCUCACGCAACAUGGUUUCGGUGACCAGCUGCCGGCGCAUCAGGAAAAGAAGGGAUUCUACGUCGACCUCUACCGCAAGCAUAUCGUGCCCCUCCUCGAGGCCCGCAACGCGGCAUCGCAAUCGCUCACGCCUGGACCCACCUCCACCACAACGGCCGCAUCAGCCAAAGAGAGGGCAACGAAGACUGAUCUCGUGGAUCGACGAAGGACCAUUCAUUCCUUGGCCCCGGAGCCGACGGAAGCAGCACCGACCAAACUCACACAGACCAAGCUCGUCGCCAAGUCGGCUGUGCCGACUGGCCCCACCACGCCUGCAGCUAAAGCCGAUGCCGCGCCUGCCGCCGUCAUGCCGCGUCGCCUGUUCGCGCCCGAGCAGCAGCCCACCACCGUGCCUUCUUCCUCUUCUUCCUCUUCCUCUUCCUCUUCAUCCGCCCCGAUCCUCUCCCCGAAGGCGUCGGCCUCUCGUCGCACCACGAUCGCGACCGGCGCCGUCUCCUACCCCAAGCUUGGGGCACCCGCCCCGGCCGCCACGACCGCCAAGGCCACCACCUCCGCCGGUCCCGACCUGCGUCAGAUCAUAGCCCUCCAGCACGCCCGGAAGAAGAGCGCCGGCGGCAGCAGCGCGGCGAUGUGGCUCUUCGGCGUGCUGGUGCUCGCCGUGGCCGUGGGCGCGGGUCUGUUCAUGUACGGCCAGCUGCCGUCCCUGCUGCAGGCCGAGAAGCCCUACUUUUGCGACACCACGGGCGUGAGCGACAACCGGCAGAACCCGCGCGAGCCGGUGGUGCCCUGCGUCGACUGCCCGAACUUUGGCGUGUGCAAGGACGGCCGGCUGAUCAAGUGCAUGCGGGGCUACGAGGUGAGCGGCGGCGUGCACUGCGCGCGCGACAAGGAGAUCGCGCUCGCGUUCGAGUUCUGCAAGGAGGCCGCGCACAAGACGCUGGCCCUGCGCGCGGGCGAGCACCAGUGCGGCUACCCGGUGCCGGCGCUGCCCAUGGAGGAGCAGGAGCUGCGCGACAUUCUUAAGCAGAAGAUGAAGGACGCGGCCCUCUUCCCGUGGGACGAGGCCAAGUUCAACGAGGCCUUCCUCGACUUGAAGAAGGACCUGCAGAGGUCCACCUCCCACCGCAACGUCAUCAUCCGCGCCUCGAACGGCAACUACACCUUUGACACCACCGACGUGGUUGUGCCGUAUGCGUGUGUGCUGCAGCGAGUGGUGCUGGAGCACAUCUGGUACAUCGUGGGCACGCUGGUGGCCCUGGCCGCCGUCCUGCGCUUCGUCCGGCUGCAGCAGACGAAGGCCCAGCGCGAGGCCGACAUCGAGACCCUGGUCGAAAGCACCAAGACGCUGAUCAAGGAGGAGAAGAAGGCCGGCAAACCCCCCUCCUCCGUGCUCCACAUCAGGGAGGACCAGAGAGAGAAGCAAACGGAGCUCAAGAAGCGGUACCCGACGGUCAAGGACUGGCUGGCCAUCUGGGCGGUGGCCGAGAAUAGGGUCCGCGCCGACACCCGAUUCAAGGAGUACUCGCAAAUGGUGGCGGGACAGCAGCAGCAGGUGUGGGAGUUCGUUGGCACGGUCGAUGCUGCGAUGGCCGAGAAGAUCCUCAGCCCGCCCUCGCGCAGGUCCUACCCCCACUGA